GUGACACCCGUUCCCGGCUCCCCUCAGCUUCGUGCCAGGUCUCCCUUCCUCUCCCCGUCAACGAUACCCUCCGCUGCUACCCCUGCAUCCAUACAUGCCCCCUCCCCCUUAGGUAAUAAUGCCUCUCAACCAUUUAACGGUCCUAUCCGUGAAAUACCUGGCUUUUACGUCGUCAUUCCCGCUGGUGGCGCCGGGACCCGUCUUUGGCCGCUCUCGCGCGAGAACCACCCUAAGUUCCUCCUGGACGUUACACUUCAAGGGCGCAGUCUUAUCCAGGCGACAUGGGACCGUCUCCUCCCUCUCACUUCCCCCGCUCGGACUACCAUUGUCGCCGGCUCAGGCCACAUGAAGAGCAUUGCAGCGCAGCUUCCCGACCUCCUUCCCCACAACCUCUUCUGCGAGCCGGGACCGAAAGAUUCUAUGGCCGCCAUCGGUCUGGCCGCAGCCAUCCUUGUCCGCCGUGAUCCCAAUGCUGUUAUUGGUAGUUUCGCAGCGGACCAUAUGAUCUCCGGUGACGACGCCUUCCUUAGCGCGGUCUCAGAGGCCGUCGAGGUGGCGAAGAAGGAUUACCUAGUCACCAUCGGUAUAGCCCCCGCACAUCCAUCCACUGGCUUUGGUUACAUUCGUCUCGGGGAGAGGCUUGAGGUGGAUGAGGCUCCCAAUGCGAGGAUCGUUUCCUCGUUCAAAGAGAAGCCUGAUGCAAGGACAGCAGCGGCAUACAUCAACACUGGAAAUUACCGUUGGAAUGCCGGAAUGUUCGUCGUGAAAGCUGCUUUCCUUAUGAAGCUCCUCAAGCAAUACUUGCCGGAGAUGGAGGAGGGUCUAACGAAUAUUGCAAAGGUUUGGGAUGACGAGAGCCUUAGGGCUAAGGCUUUGGAGGAGAUAUGGCCAGGGUUAGAGAAGAUCCCCAUCGAUAAUGCGGUGGCAGAGCCUGCUGCAGCUGAGGGAAGAGUUGCCGUCGUGCCAGCUACAUUCGGUUGGGACGAUGUUGGGGACUUUUCUUCUUUGGCAGAUCUCCUUCCCGCCGAAUCCAACCAAUCUCGUGUUCUCGGCGAUACUAGCCUCGUUCUCACCGAACAAGUUGCUGGCGGUAUCAUCGUCCCCGGAUCAGGACGCCUGGUCGCCUGUUUGGGUGUUGACGAUCUUGUCGUCGUCGACAUGCCCGACACUCUUUUGAUCACGACUCGCGCGCGUUCGCAAGAAGUCAAGCGUCUUGUAAAGAAGGUCAAGGAUGCUGGUUGGAAGAGCUUGAUCUAG